AUGUCUCUCCCCGAAGGCCAGGGAAUCCUCCAAUUCCAACUUCCCUCCUUUCCACCGGAACGCAUCUAUCAUGCCCGCCGUGCGCAUCGGAAAUCCCGCCAUGGAUGCUCCAAGUGUAAACAACGUCGAGUCAAGUGUGACGAGUCGAAACCCCACUGCCUCCGCUGCCAGAAACUCAAUCUGGACUGUAGCUAUGAGCCCAACAGCAGCAGCAGCAGCAGCAGCAGCACGGACCCCGAGAAAACAAUGACCCGGUUCCUGACCAGCUCGCCGGACUCCAGAGCAUACAACCUGGCGCAGGACGCGGUAGGGGCUCAGCUCCACGACCUGCUGCAGCUCCCGCAGAGCGCCUCACCGUCUCUCCGCGUCGAGGCCCUGCAUCACUUCUACGGCUUCUCCGACCCGGCCCUAGGGCCGCAGGCACCGCAAGCCGAGUACCAACGACGGGUGAUCCAGCUGGGAUUCGAGUCCCCCUACCUAAUGCACGCGAUCAUCGCCUUCGCCAGCUCCCACCUCCGCUACACCACGCCCGGCAAACACCGCACCUACGCGGUCACCGAAACCCACCACUGGCAAGAAGCCAUCACGCAGUACGCCCGCGAACUGCGCACCAUCGGCCCGCACAACAUGGACGGGCUCUUCGGGGCCUGCCUGCUGCUGACGGUGUGCUCCUUCGAGCUCGACCGCUACGACCCGCGCACCUCCUUCGUCUUCGCUUCGUCUCAGCAACAAACCGCCACCGCGCUGACCUGGCUGACUCUGCAGGUCGGGCUGCGGCGACUGCUGGCGGCGACCGUCCCCUGGCAGCGGGGCAGUAUGUGGUGGGACGUUUUCAUGGCGUCCGCGGCGCAGUAUCGGGGUGUUUUUGACGUCGAGGAGGACCCUACUGGACGUAAGUUGGCUGGGACGGAGGGGUGGGGGUUCGACCCCGCGUUGGCGGAGCUGUGCGGCAUCCAUGCGGGGAGUACCCCCGCCAAUAAUGUGUACUACGAGCCGGUGCGCAUUUUGAGUGGGUUGAUGCGCCUGCCCGGGGGCAUUCGGAGCUUCGGGGCGUAUGCCGGCUGGAUGGGCCGGUUGGAGCCAGCGUUUUUUGAGCGGUUGGUACGUAAGGAGGUUGCGGCGUUGGUGGUGCUGAAGGGGUGGUUGGUGUUGCUGGGGAGUGUGGAUUUGUGGUGGAUUGGAGUGCGGGUUAGGUCGGAGGUGCAGGCUAUUAAUUGGUUUUUGGAAGGGAUUGAGGGAGAUGGAGAUGGGGUGGAUGGGUGA